UCCAUCUUAUUCGUUUCAUCUCUUAUCAUUUCCCCAGGACACUCACACUCUUAAAAACAACUUCCGUCUACGUUGAUAAAGGUAACCAUAUUCAGUCAGUCACUACUUCAUGAGUACCCAACCUGACCUCUACACAUUCCGCUUCAUGUCCUUUUCAAACCAAAUAAAGCAAAAAUGUCACAUAGCAAUCUAGGAGAGCACGCCAAACUAUCCAGGGAAGAAGUCCGCUACAUUAUCAAUCAUGUGUUUCUUCCACCACAGUUGCCCCAUGGGGACGAUUACAAGGUCCAACAUGAAGAGACAUUACUAAAGAUAGUCAUUGAAGCUCUCUCCAUGUUUAGAGGCUAUGUCGAAGGACACGAGACCGAUGCUGUGGAUUUAGCAAUCACUACCAUGCAGCACCUUCAUCAGAGUCACAUUUUCACUGGAAGUAAAUUAACUGUUGACGAAAAAGGACUCCUCGAGGCCUUUCAACUCCUCAGUCAGGAAGGCAUGACAGUUGCAUGUCAUGUUCAAGCGCAAAAUUGUGCCAUCAUGUUCUCGAAAUCAGGUACAUUCGUUCAUGUCGAAAUGUUCGAACUAUCUGCUUCCAAUCAAGCCGUCAUUUCAACGAAAGGGAGACUGCGUCGACUAUUCCCUGGUUCGGCAGUUUCUGUCCCCUUUUCUAUCUUCCAAACUCGCGAGUUCCAAGAUACACUGGCCUGCACCCUUGACAAGAUGACACAUCAAUCAGCUCAUGGUGCUCAGCCUCAGGUCCAGAAAGCCAAAGAGAUGCAUGAGGAACCUCGAGAUACUACGCACCCAAAGAUGGUCACUGAGCUCUUCUCUGCAUUCCUACUAUCUGUGGGCGAUCGACCGGAAGUGACCAAGAUCUGGAAGAAUACUCGUGAGGAAGUGUUUUGGAGUAAUUCCAAAUUGCCGUGGCAUAGGUCGGCGUUGUGGCUACUCAUUCGUGUUGUCUUACAGCUUAUAUUCACACGAUCUUCAUGUUCAUCUUCAUGUCCGGAACAUACGUACAAAGCGUUCAUGAUAUGCUUCAUGGCUUAUGUUUUGGAACGAGUACCAAAGGACCUACCAAGCGAUAUCUUGGUAGCCAUGAGCGCCAAAGUCUCCAGACGGUACCAUAAAAUCAAUGGGCCUAUCCCCGGCCCGAUGAUGGACUUUGUUAAGUCAACUUUAUUAGCUACGAACCAGGCUCUUCGGGAUCGAUGGUCGCAGGUUCAGGAACAAAAUCGAACUCCCAGCAAUCUAGAGAGCCUUGGCGACCUUAAUUUUGAUAAAGAUACUCACAUCUCUCCCGAGAAACUUGUCAAAUUUUUGGACAGUAUAAAAGCACGCCAGGAAAGUGACCAUUCCGUUGACGUCCCGUUAAGCUGCCCCCUUGACAGCUAUAACAGCUCCCUGCUGCCUUCACUUGCAUCUCCCCCUUCGAAUGGCGACGUGAUGUAUAGGCUAGCAGCAUUCGAGUCUUGGGUGGCUUCUCACCUGAACGCUUGGACAGUGGCUAAACAAGGAGGUGCCGAAACCUGCCGGGUUCUGGGGUACUUGAUUGAAGAUUACUACCAUGAUGCGUCCUCAAAGUACCAAGGCAACCCCGAGUUAAACUCCAUUAUGAUUCUUACCAUACUUGAACUGUGGGUUGCAUCCGAUAAAUCAGCAAGAGAAAGUUACGAAUUACUGGAAGAAUACAAACCAGGGAUACCUCAGAGCCUGUUCUUGAAUUUAAAUUUGCCAACGAGAGGCCAAAUGGCGAGGCUAUACGAUGUCGAAAAAUAUCUCAAAGAUCGCGAAUCUAGAGCUCACUUCCCUUAUGAAGCGCUUAAUAGUUUUGGUAGCGACAGCUGCUUUUCUGUGCGCUUUUUCGACCAAUCUCCUGAACAUCAGGAGCUACGCGCUUCCAUCGUCGACCAGGCGAAUCGUGAUAGGGAAGCAAAGUGCGAAGAAUUCCAAAGAAAAACAGACGAGUAUAAGGGCCUCCAACUCAAGCUCCAAAAUAUUAAGCAUACGAAGGACCCGAGAGUCAAUCAAAGCACGGGUGUUUGUGAAGAUUUGUGUGCUUGGAACUGUGAGAAAUGUGCCGUUGAUGAACAGGCCAACAGUAUAACAAUUAACAUACACGAGUGGCCACUUCCCAGCAUUAAUUUACAGGAAAAGUCAACUAUAUUUGAACUCCAAGUGCCUUGCGCAUUUGGCCAGUGGCGUGACACUACGGUGUUCGUCCUUUCCGAUGUCCUGAAACUUGUCACGGAAGUACGUUCGCAACCGGACUAUAACCUUAAGUUAAUCGACUACUUGACUUUACGCGCGCACUUCAAGCCCUUUGAUCCAAUGCAACGUCAACGAAUAAUGUUGUUAUCCGACACCAAGCCUCAUCAGAUGACCCAUCGAAAUGCGAAAAAUAUCGCCACCGUGGUCCUGGACGAAGUCUGUCUCAGGAAUGGUCUAUCGUUUCGAUAUUAUGAUAACUCGAAGGAUAUUUUUGUCUCUUCAUUCAAAUGUACAGAUAAAUUAGCCCACCUGUGCACGUACUCAUUGCCAAAAGGACAAGCAGGCGAGAUGUCGCCGAUACAGCCAUUUAUUCAUCGGGUACCAUCAAAGCCCAGUGGUCCGUCGCCGAACGAGGUCAUAGCCACUCAAUCAAACUGCCCUCUAUAUAUUUCUCUUGAGGAAUAUAAGGCACUUACAUCUCUUCCUUUGGGUUUCCUGAUUCAAUGGCAAAAUAUCUUGUUGCAACUCAUAUCACCAAGCAUAGAUUUCAAGAAGGAAGAGACCGCAUUGAUUAUUUCGCAAUGCAUCUACCAAGUCGGACCCCAGAAGGGACACAGCGUGUUAAGAGAUAGCCAUAUAAUCCUCGCCGACGCACAGUUUUCCCGUGCCUUACUGGAUAACCUGGAAAAGGCAUUUUUUAGGGUUAAAGAGAAUUGGCAAUCUUUUCAAGCACAUGGUAUCUUCGUUUCCAUAGCUAGACGUCUACUUUCGCUGGCAUUUUCGCAAAGCAUGAAAGACAGAUGUCUCAGAUUCUUGGCUGAUAUUCGAAAGAUCGCUUCGCAAUGGAUUUACGAUUUGGAGGAUAAAAUUCAACGCGCCGUAUGCGAUAGCACGAAGGAUGAACUGCGAGAUAGAUUGACCAAGAUAGCGUUGAUCUGUGCGGAUACUUUCAACGUCGAGGAAGAGCAUCUUCGCAGGCUUUUGUCCGUGCCCGAUUCCGCAUGCGCUAUGAUGCGGUGCAGUAUUGUCAUUCAUGAAGGGCAAAACUGCAUUCCAGAAGAACCAUAUACCUGGACGAGUAUUAUGCAUCGAAGGUGGGAGAGGCUUUCAUAUAGAGCUUUUGGUGUUCUCGCAGAAGUGAUAACGAAUGGCAGCCCAGCAUUAGAUGAUGCUAUCAAGAAGACUUGGUCUGCAUUUCCUGCUAAAGGAGAAUGGACAAUACAAAAGGAGCCUCACCAUCAUUGGAUUGUCAACCGGUCUCCUCUUGAUAGCGGGGAUGGCGCCUUGUACGUCCACUUCAGUCUCUUGACUGGCAAACUACUUGUCAAUGGCUCUCCUCUGGGCCGACUACCUCGAGAAUAUGAAACGGAUUACAUGUAUUCCAUACUAUUUGGAAAAUCAAUUCUAGAGGUAGUGCCAAGUCCAGUGCCUGGGAUGCGAUUUAGUGCAAAAAACACGUUCAACACACAUAAUCUGGAUUUCGGUUUGGAUAAUCUGGAUUUCGGUUUGGAUAAACAAGCUCAGACACUUCUCAUCCGAGCAGUAACCAAAGAUCAAGCGUUUGAACUCGUCCCCUGGUCUGUUCUGCGGGGCUCAUUUCCAACAAUAUUUGUUGAAAACUUUGUCCAUUGGUACAGCGAAUCUGAUGACUGUAUUGAGUUCUGUCCUAAAGAGCAACCUUGGACUCACUCCGAGGAUAGCUGGAGAUUAGUACGUUCGGGUGUAUCAGGCAAAAUCUGGCGACUACGCAAAGGUAACUCCUUGCUCGUCGACUUUGCCAGCGAUACUACGAAAGCAGUGUUCAAUACACAUUUGAAAUACCUCGAAGACGUCACUUGGGCGCCAAUCAUAUUCCAGGACAAUUCUUUAAUCAUCGAACUUCCCAGGUUGAAGUUAGGGUUCUAUCUAAAGCAGGGAGAGACUUCAAUAUAUUCCCAGCAAUUCCGAGGUAUGUCGAUAGAUGAAGACCAGUCCAUUGGGACACUGGUUGGCCUCCAGAGGGGCAAGCUUGUGUUGAAGGGCAAUAAUAAUCGAGUUCGGCGCAAAGUCCUUAUCUCAAAUGGGAACGUAACAUUUAAGAAGCAUGACAAGCACAUAUGUGUUAGCAUUGACAAGCAAUCUUCUACGAAGGUUUACACUUACGACGUUGACGGAUUAAUUGGGAGGCUCGGCAACAAUGGAAAUUUGCAGGGCAGAUUACUACUUUCAUACCUCCACGCGCUCACCUCUUUUCCCUUGCCGGAUCCCUUGACAAGGAAAACAGGGACGGAGGAGGCACUGUCUAUCUUGAAAUCUGCUGCUGUGCGGUCUUUCAUACGGCUCACAGAGGAUAACCUUGGGCUACUAGAGAAAAUUGCCCUCCUCACCCCUGCGAGACGCUAUUACCCAGCCAACCUAACAGAAAUGCAGGUUGUUGAUUGGAACUCAGACCUCGGCUUUUUAGCCCAGCAUAGUGGGUUUUACCAGACUGUGUUCUCUAUAUUCCGUCAAGCCAAUGAGUCCGCAUUUUUCGACCCGAGCUCAUAUGUUUCUCCGCCAGUUCUACAUAAAGUUGAAGAGAGUCUUCUGCUCCGUGAUGAUAUUCGUUCAUCUACGUUUCGCGUCUCGGGUUACGGCGCAGAGAGUCAUACUACAUGCUUUGACAAAGUCUAUCAACCUAGAGACAACAACCAGUCUUCUAAAGGGGCUUAUCGAGCUUUUUCUAUGUCAAGAAUCGUAUUGCAAGAUCAGUUCAGCCUAAGCGAGAUUGUUGAGGAGGAUUUGGGAGGAUAUCUCUGGAACUUCCUCUCCGAACACGACAUACAUGGGCCUAAGUCUACUGAAACUUCGUCUCAAAGUGUUAAACUAACUUAUGAUUCCGGAUUGCUUCUUAAUCCAGCUCGGUUCGUAGCAGAACACUGGAUUCGAAUACACCAGGCAUUGGUUGGCAGGGAAGCUAAGUUUAACAAAUUCAAAGUCAUGCUCUGGCUUUCCACACUUGCAUUCAGUGAUGAUACCGAUAUGAAGAUUAUGCAAGUUCUGGCAUCCUUCUUCAAAAUCCCUGGAAUGGCUGCGAUUAGUCCACCAGAAGCUGAUAUUUUUCAGCUGCCCCUCGGUUUUUCUCUUGGCAGUUCAACUUUAAACAAAGCUAUCGAUGAGGCAUGUUUCUUGUUCUGGGAAAGUCCUGAAGCUAAACUAGAGACACUUCCGGGUGAGAAUGAUCAUGCUGCUGCGAGUCGACGAUGCCGAGCAUUUGAGACCAACAAAUCGAACGCAGCUAUAAAUCUUAAACAUCAAUUCGAACUUCAAUGGCCGUGCGAGAGUCCAAUUCGUCCUCCAUACCUUGAAUUAGAUGGCGUGGAAUGGUGGCGGUAUAUACACGCAGAUCAAGCCGUACAUAGAAUGGCUGAGAUAUUCAGGCCACGCUAUCACAACCAUCUAUUCAUGGAGUAUCUCAACCAGAUCAGUCAUAGUGUUCCUCGAGGCGUCUUUCAAGCUAGAAUUCCUACACUUAGUUCGCCUGAUCCUGGCUGGAAUCGUCCGACUAAUCCCGGGUUUAUCAGCAAUGAAGAAGUAUUCAUCCCCGCAGCGCCUGCUAUAUUACCAUGCAUCAUUGACGAUAUGACGCAAUAUGUGUCCUUGGUCGGCGACAGAAUUACAGAGAAGUCGAAUAUUCCUCGGCUGUUGUUGAGGUUAGAUGAGCAAAUGGAAUCUGAAUACGAGAGACGCUACGUAUCAGAUCUUAAGAAUAGCGCCCAGUCGCUACAAGGCUUCAAUAAAAGCAAAUGUUUGACGAAAAACAUACAAGAGAUCGAGGGAUUUCUUAUCUGCCAUCGUGGUAAUUGUCAGAAGGUCGUGGACGAGACUUAUAAUAACAUGGUCAACGCUAUUAUUUCUGACCAAGGAAGCGAACAAUUUACUUCACGAGCUCUUCUAGCCUCAACCUACCAAUGGCCAAGGCUUUCUCCAUGCUUCUUCUUGCAACACCUCUGUCAAAGCAGGUGGCAGAAUUUACGAAAUGACUGGAAGAACUGUAUAGUCCAUUACGCGGUAGCCAUUUCUCAGCUACAGAGAGCAGAUCGUCUGCUCAAUGCACUUAACAAUCGGUCUAUCCUAAUUAGCGAACUGGCAAACCCUGGUCAUACGAACUGGCAACCUCGGGAUUACCCAGAAUCACUACUCCUAGAAAUAGAAGGCGACCUUAUGAUCCGUCCAGUCCAGGAGCAAAUUGCUAAGACUAUGAGAAGCUCCGAAGGGGAUAAAAACGCCGUCAUGCAGUUAAAUAUGGGCGAAGGGAAAUCAUCUGUCAUCGUACCCAUGGUCGCGACAGCUCUCGCAGACGGCUCUCGCUUGGUUCGGGUAAUCGUUGGAAAGCCGCAGUCUAAGCAGAUGUACCAAAUGCUUAUCUCUAAACUCGGAGGACUGCUAGACCGACGGAUCUACCAUUUGCCAUUCUCUCGAGCCGUGAAGGUUGGAGGAACCGAGAUACAGCAAAUGAGAACUAUGCUAGAGGACUGCAAAAGGGACAGGGGAAUAUUCUUACUCCAGCCUGAACACAUCUUAUCUUUCAAGCUCAUGGGUAUCGAGUGUAUGCUCACAGGAAAGGAGGCAAUCGGCCGUCCCUUGGUAGAAAGCCAAGAGUACCUCAAUGCCAAUGCACGUGAUAUCGUCGAUGAGAGCGACGAGAACUUCAGCGUGAAAUUUGAGCUUGUUUAUACGAUGGGUGCACAACGCCCAACCCAAUACAGCCCAGAAAGAUGGGUGUGUAUCCAUCACGUUCUGGAUGUAGUUAAAGAAGUUGUCUUGGAGAGUCGCGCUAAGCUUUCCGAUGCCCUAGAGGUUUAUCCUCCGUAUCAUGGACGUUUCCCACGGACCCGUAUUUUGCAACGGGGCGCCGCAGAUCAGAUUCUCGCUCAGGUCACAGAGCGUAUAUGCAAAACAGGCUUUACCGGCUUUCCCAUUAUAAGGCAACGGGAGCACAUUCGUCAAGCAAUAAUCAGAUACAUUACCGAGGCUGAACCAUCUAUCGGAGACAUUGCCCUCGUCGAGGAUACAGGCCUAAACGGAUUCUGGACUGGUGCUAGCGAACCUCUCCUUUUAUUGCGAGGUCUCAUAGCUGGAGGCGUACUGGGCUUUACUCUUGGGCAUAAACGGUGGAGAGUUGAUUAUGGCCUUGAUCCAAAUAGGCAACCGAACACUCAACUCGCGGUACCAUACAGAGCGAAAGACAACCCGUCACUAAGGUCCGAGUUCAGCCACCCAGACGUUGUUAUUAUUCUCACUUCUUUGUGUUACUACUAUGGCGGGCUCAGCUACGAAGACUUAUUGCAAACGUUUAAGCAUCUGGUUAGGUCAUACCAGGCCGACCAGGAGUUUGGCGUGUGGGUUAAGGAUGCAAAUGAUCUAUCCGAGAACUUCAAAACCUUGGUAGGCAUUAACCUCGAAGAUAGCGAAUGUACGCAAUCUCUAUUCAGAUCAUUUCGACAUGCCAAAGGUGUCAUAGACUAUUUCUUAGCUCACUUAGUCUUCCCAAAGGAGAUGAAAGAGUUUCCGAACAGGCUUUCCGCCUCCGGCUGGGAUAUAGGCGAAGUUAAGACCCAUAAAAUGACGGGAUUUAGCGGCACAAACGACUCUCGCCAGGUACUACCACUUGAUGUUAAGCAGCUGGAUCUGAAAACCCAGAAACAUACCAACGCAUUGGUCUUAGAUAAUUUGCUCCGUCCUGAGAAUUCUGUUACGCUCCUACCACCGCGCCAGGAGAGUGAAAAAUCGGUCGCCGAGGUACUACUGAAUACUAUUACAAAGCUCGAUCCACCCACGCGAGUAAUACUGGAUGUUGGGGCUCAGAUACUGGAGCUCGACAACUUUGAAGUGGCAAGGACGUGGUUACAGAAGACAUCAGACGACACCCAAAUUGAAGCAGCCAUUUUUGUGGACGACCAUGACGAGAUUUGCGUCCUUGAUAGAAAGGGGCAUUUCGAGCCUCUUCAUACUUCCUCAUUUGCAUCACGGCUUGAUGUGUGUGUUGUUUUCUUGGACGAAGCGCAUACCAGAGGCACUGACCUGAAACUGGCAAGAAAUUACCGUGCAGCCGUUACAUUGGGGGCAAAUUUAACGAAGGACAGAUUAGUGCAAGCUUGUAUGCGGAUGAGGAUGUUGGGAGAGGGACAGUCGGUAGUAUUCUGCGUUCCUGACGAGAUCCAAAGAAAGAUUCGAGCGUGGAGAGCUGAUGCAGGGCUGCCCAAAGAUGAGGAUAUCUCAGUCUUAGAUAUCUUAGACUGGUCAAUCGGCGAAACUUGGAGAGAUAUCCAUAAGAAUAUGGCAUUAUGGGCAAAACAAGGUCGUCGCAAUAUACAGCACAAGAAAAUAUGGGCAGAUGCACGUUCUGAUCAGCAGAUAAAUCUCACUAAGGCCCUAGCUGAAAGAUAUCUUGAAGAUGAAGCCAAGACAUUGGAUUAUCGGUAUCGGCCUCGUGGGGAUAUCAACACGUCGUCGCAACCGGCGGAUACGGAAGCCACGGACCCAAUAACCUUGCGUUGUAAGGAGUUCAAGAAUCUAAGGCUCGAUUCGGCCGAUCUUCAAGAAGAGGAAGAACGCGAGCUAUCUCCGGAAAUCGAACAGGAGAGGGAAGAUCAAAGACCACCCCCGGCAGAACCGGCCAUGCAUAAAAUUCACGACGAUAUCAAAAGAUUUGUCGAAUUUGGCACCAUCCGCGAAAAGUCUACUGGAUAUAUGCCUGCAUUCCUUUCCCUGCGCGAUACUUCAUCGGGGGCUAGUUUCGACGUGUCCCAGUUUCGUACCGGUUUACUUGUCUCUAGUGACUUCGCAAACACUGUCAAGCGCCGCAGCACGUCGGAUCAGUUAGAUUCAUACCAACGUGCUAUUCAAUGGAUUCUGACAAGUACGCCCCUUAGCGAUGAGGACUCUGCGGAUCGCCCCAUAAAGUACAUGAUGGUCAUCAGCCCAUUUGAAGCAAACGACCUAUUGCCGCUGAUUGAGAAAUCUAACAUUACCGCCUUGCAUAUAUAUGCACCCCGGGCGAACUCAAGCUACCCUAAUCUCGAUAAAUUAGACUUAUACACGGUACCCGAGAAGCUGGCGUCGCGCAAGAUGCCGCAAAGUCUUAUCACCGAACUAAACUUGUUCGCGGGGCAGCUGUAUUUUAGCUCAUACGAAGAAUACGUGGGUGUGUGCCGGUUUCUGGGCAUUAGCUACAGCACACCCGGCGAGGAAGAAGAGAUCACGGCCGAGGGCUUCAUAGCCAAAGACAGCGCCGGUAGGAUUGGCGGGGAGUCAGGCUUAAGGAGCAGCCCGGUAACGUUCUUCAAGAUCCUCCACACGAAGAUCCGGCGCAAUUGCGAGAGCAUUGAGAAGACGCAUAUGGGAAAGCUGCUAGGUAAUCAGCUACUGAAGCCUCAAGAUUUCGAGUAAUGGUAGGAUAUACAUGGUUGAGCCAUGUGGACAGAUAAUGAGCUAGAUACCGGUUACCAAUUGAUAAUGCCAUUACCAUAACAUUUUCAUCAUAUAAAUCUUUAUAUUAUCCCGUAAGGUUAACCCAUA